CAGGCUCAGGCUCUAGAGUCUAGGAUUUCCAUUCAGCUUUGCGUAAAUCGAAGGCUCACAAUAUGGUUGUCUACCAGACUCUGACACAGGCAACUCGCCCUGCUUUGUUGAAACUUCUGAAGUUAGCUCCAAAAGCUGGCCCUGCUAUCUUGCAGUAAAUCCAAGGUGUGUAGUCUUCCAGCCACAUUUGCCAGAAGACCCUCUCCGAGCUGAACAAAUCGAACACUCAGCUCCCUGAAGUUAUUCAAUCCUGCAGGAGCUGAAGAACCAUCUUCUGGCGGCCUCUUCCGCAAUGGGCCCUGCUCCAGCAACAGCCGCGCUUCUGCUGCUUGCUAUCCUUGCAACGCUGAGCUUCCAAAACGUCGCUGCCUUCAACCAAGCACGGGCCACCACUUCCGAAUCAUUGCAUGACGUCACUCCUGAAGACUGCGUUCAAGGCGCCACCUCUCCCCUCUGGUCGCUGCAGAAGUAUCUGUGGGGCUCCAAAUGCGGGUCCAAGCUGAAACCCACGCUGGGUUCUGGGUCGUUAAAUCCCGAGAAAUCUAAUAAGGAAAUUCAUCACAGAGCUGGCGCCAAAAGCAAGCUGGAAACGCACGCCAGCAACGUAACCUUGAUGGCUCCUACUUCGGUGGGGAGUAAGGUGGUGAAUGCGAAUCUUGUUCUCGACACGGAGCGGCCCGUGAGCGUGACGGCUGAUGAGUUUGUGUGCGUCACGAUGGACUGGUGGUCGCAGGAAAAGUGUGACUACGGCGUCUGUUCUUGGGGAAACACGUCCGUACUUAGCCAGAACCUCUCGAGCCCACUCCUACGAAACGCCCUGACGGCCCUCCACCCAGUAUUCCGGAUCGGGGGGUCGCUGCAAGACCAUAUUGUUUACAACACAAGUGCUGACGUCAAGUGCCGUCCGAUGGUUCAUAACGCCAGCGAAAUAUUCCGCUUUUCGGGGGGCUGUCUCAAUCUGGAUCGAUGGGACGAGCUUUAUGCGCUGGCAAACUCCAGUGGCGCCCAGCUAGUUUUCGGACUGAACGGCCUCUACGGACGCAACCGGACCGGGUGGUACACGUACGAGGGGGACUGGGACCCGAGCAACGCGCGCGCGUUUCUGGAGUACAGCAUACGAAAAGGGUACGACCUCAUGGGAGUGGAACUCGGCAACGAGAUCGGCGGGCCCAACGGCAUCGCCGCAAAGCUGUCUCCUGCUCAGUACGCCCACGACCUGCGGACGCUUCGGACUCUUGUCGACGAUUUGUACGCGUCCGAUUCUCCGAGCCAGCUAGCGUGUCUCAGCAAUACAGGCCGCGUUGGCCCGCUGUGCGUGCGCAAGCCGCUGAUCGUCGCGCCAGACAAUAUUGAGGUCGACAGCGCGUGGUUCCGGGAGUUCGUGCGGGACCUGCGGAACGGAACGCUGACGAACGGAACGCCGGGCAGCGGAACGUCAGUCGACGGAACAAGGGCUAACGGGACGCUGGGAAGCGGAGGACUGGUUACGAGAACGCUGGCGAACGGAACGGUGGUCAGCGCAACGCUAGAGAACGAAACGCGAGUGCUCGACGGCAUAUCGCACCACCUGUAUUCGAUGGGCGCAGGCGUGGAACCGCGCGUGGACGCGCGCAUGCUGGACCCCGCGUACCACGACAGCCUGCGCGAGAUGUUUGUGCGCGCGCGCGCAGUUAAGGAAGCGGCGCCGCCCGGGACGCAGCUGUGGAUGGGCGAGGCGGGGGGCGCGUUCAACUCGGGCCGGCCCGGCGCGAGCGACGCGUUCAUGUCCGGGUUCUGGUUUCUGCACGAGCUGGGCUCCACCGCACGAUACGGUUACGACGUGUACUGCCGCCAAACGCUCAUCGGCGGGAACUACGGUCUUCUCCAUAAAGACGCGCGCACUCCCGCGCCCGACUUGUGGGCCGCGAUCCUGUUCAAGCGCCUUGUGGGGCCGCGCGUGCUCGCGGCGAACGUCUCCGCAUGUGACAUGCGCGCGUUCGCGCACUGCCUCAAGAAUGACGUCAGGGGUGACGUCGCGCUGGUUCUGAUCAAUUACAGCAACGACACCACCUACCAACUGUCGCAUUCACUUGGUAACGCGCGUAACGCUUCCGACGUUUUAGUCGAAGCACCCGGGGACGUCUCUCGGGAGGAGUACCACUUCACGCCCGGCGAUGGCGGCAAACUGCACAGCAAGGCCUCGGUUCUGAACGGCGUCGAGCUGAGACCGUUCGAUAACGGGACGCUCCCGGAGAUGCUGCCACGUGUCGUUCGAGAUCAUCAGGAAGCGCUGCGGCUCGCGCCUUGGUCGUAUGCUAUUGUGGUGAUGAGAGGGGUUAAUGUGACGGCGUGCCACGUGUAGCUGCUCGCGAGGGGGCGCGCAACUAGAAAGGGGGAGAGAGUCGGUCUUUCUGUGUUUGCUCAAAGAUGAGACGGUCGUGCUGCCCGCAAUGGGUUGAGCCCACGACGAGCGAGCUUAUGAAGCCUCGGAACCCGAGACGAUGAACCAACUUUAGUAAAGGCUAGGGUAUGCACACUCUGAGGGAGUGGUGCCACUUAUUGAAACCAAAGUAUCAAUCAGUUUGAUGGUAGAGAUCAGAGCACAGCGACUCAGACAUGGAUGAACAGAAAGUGCUGGAGUUGGAGUGCGGCUGAGAAUCCGGUAGGUCCCUGGUCGACGGGCAUGUGCCAAUCUAUCUCUUAAUUCGAAUUGCUCAAAAUUUCCGCAGAAACAUGUGUUAAGCGUAAACAUGAUCUGGAAGCAGAGAAGGGG